AUGCCUAGUGUUUGCGAGAGUUGCGCGAAUAAUAUUGAAGCGGGUAAAAAUUCCAUGAAAUGUGGGGGUUUUUGUUCGGCCUUAUUUUGCGCUAAAUGCUGCGGGCUGAAUGACGAAAUUUACGCUGCUGUUGUUAAUAAGUCGAAUCUUUUCUGGAUGUGCAACACAUGCAAAAAUUUGAUGGAUAAAGCCCGCUUCCGCAAUGCAUUGGUCUCAGUAGAAAAAGCCAAUUCAGAGUUGAUUGCUGCGCUAAAGGAUCAAAUACGCAAUGAUAUUUUGCAAGACAUCAAAGAGGAAAUUCGUACAAACUUCAAAACUCUCAUUGAUUCCGUCCCAAAAACUCCACUUGCACUAGCUCCGAGCCCGUUUCCUUUGAACUCUGCAAAAAGAAAACGGGAUAGAGACGACAUUGAACACUCGACCACCAGACCAACGAAACUCCUACGUGGCACAGGUAUUUGUACUUCUUCAACGUUAUCGGAGCCGGUCAGUCAGGCAGAUGAAAAGUUUUGGCUGUAUCUAUCGGGUAUUUCACCCGAGGCUCCAGACGCUAGUGUAACUAACCUGGUGAUUGAAAAACUUGGUACGAACGAUGUAGCAGUGGUCAAAUUGAUUCCUCGCGGCAAAGAUCCUAGGACGCUCAACUUUGUAUCUUAUAAGAUUGGAUUACCGUUGACUUUGAAAGAUAAAGCCAUGGAUUCUGGCACAUGGCCUAUUGGCAUUGUUUAUCGCGAGUUUGAGGACAAGACUGUUAAUAGGAGGGUUUUUUGGAAACCAACAACAGCGUCGGCCGACUUGAUGAUAACAGAUGUGAUUCCUCCGGUGAACCCUUAG